AUGGACCGCUGGAUCUUCGUAUUCUUCGUCAACCUGCCCCCUCUAGUGUCCCGAACGUACCUAAUGGAUAUUCCGGACCUCCAAGGCCUUUUAAUUCUCAUGCCAGCAGACCAUUUUCGUCACCAUCACUUGACUCACCGCCAAUUCCGAUUCCAUCUAUACGUCUUCUCUUACCUAAUGGCAUCACUUUAUCCACUCCUCCUUCUUCUUCUUCUCGAUCCUGUUACAAGUCUUACCAGCGAAGAGGCACAUACACCUUUUCGACGUUCUACUUUUGAACCUCGGAAUGGAGAACAAAUUACUCCAAGCCAACCCUGUCCUUUUAAUAAUUUCCCUUAUGGUUCAGGAAUAUUUCCAGGAGUUCCACCACCUAUUGAACGGGAUCCGGAAUAUGCGAGAGAGCAAGUUUCACAUCGUUAUGGGCCUCGUAAUACUGGUGUCCACAAUGCAUUACCAUCACAAUCAGUUGAUUCGUCGCCAGAUCCGACUCAAAUCGUACAACGUCCCUUAAGUCGCAAUGACAUUUUACCAUCUCCUUCUUCUACCCGACCCACUAGGACUACCGACGAAGAGGCACAUAUACCUUCCCAACCUUCUAAUUUCGAACCUCUGAGUAGGGAACAAGUUCCUCCAAGCCAACCGUGUCCUUUUAAUAAUUUCCGUUAUGGUACAGGAAUAUUUCCAGGAGUUCCCCCUCCUAUUGGACGGGAUAUAGAAUAUGAGAGAGAACAAACUUUACUUCGUUGUAGGCCAAAGCGACCUCCACCCCCAGCAGCUCACUCUACACCGCACCACCCACCGGUACGGGAUUUACCUGAAAGUUAUGAUAAAUGUUUUGAUGGAAUAUUCUAG